AUGGCCAUUGGAUCCAUGCCCGCAACGGCGGAUUCGUGGGGUUGCUGGCCCCAACCACAACCCGGCGGCGCCGACUUUGGCAUGAUGCAGGCCGGCUUGGUUCCGUACGACUGCCGGGCAACAACCGCGGCUCACAUCCCCCGUGCCGAAUUAUCUCAACACUACCUGCCGACCACCUUUAGCUCGGCGGCCCCAGUACAUCCGCCUGCCUCUCCUCAGUACCAUGCGCCCGUGUCAUACGGCGGGUACAACCCCUACGGUGCGCCAGCCAUGCUGGACGCACCAUUCAAGCCUCGAGAAUCCCUCGAGCGCAUCCAGCCCCGGGGCUUGGUGUCCGAACCUGCCGAGUACGGAGGUGCCCGUGAGCGCGCGGAUGAGGUGCCGUGCGUCAAGCGAAGCUGCAGCCCGUCGGUCAAGACCGAGACCAAUCUGGACCCAAGCUCGCCAGCCUCCGAGGCUGCCCCUCCCGCCACUCCGGCGCAAGCAGCUCCGGUACACCAGUUCAACACGGCCAUCGACAACGUCAUGCGCGUGAUCGAGGCCAAGCGUGAGAUUCUCGAACCAACGAGCGAGGCCGAAUCCGCGCAAAAGCAGGAGAAGGAUGAGACUGGGGAGGACACCCAGACACAGCGGAGCCGUAGCAAGCCAAAACGAAAGCGUUUCUGCUGUGACAUUCCCGGAUGUUCCAAGAAGUUUGCCCAGAAGAACAACCUCGACACACACCGGCGGUCCCAUACUGGAGAAAGUCCUUAUGUAUGCCCGUACUGCCAGCGCCGCUUUACACAGAGCGUCAACCUCAAGACGCACAUCAAUCGUCACACGGGAGAGAGACCCUACGAGUGCCCCGAAUGUGACAAGUGCUUCCCUCAACUCUCGAAUGUCAAAGCGCACAUGAAGACACACAUUAGGAGGGAGUUAAGGGCCGUCUGGGCCCAUCAGAACACCUACCAUGUCGAGGAGAUUGAAGCAUUCAAUGCCAAGCUGGCCGCCGUCAAGGACAAGAGUAUGAUAUCCGAAGAAGAUAAAGAAAUGGCCAGGUAUCUCGUCGAUGUGCACAAUCUAGCCAACAAGGGCAUCAAGGGCCGCGGAAAAGGUCGCAAGGUCAAGCGUGUCCUCAUGCUGCACCCACCGCAGCACCAGGCAUCUCCCUCCACAAGCCCGGUCAGUGCUACCGGCCACACAGGACCCUACCAAAUGUCCCUCCAACCUCAUGCGUUUCCACAGCAGCAGCAGCAGCAGCAGCAACAACAACAUCAUCAACAUCACCAUCAUCAACAACAACAACAACAUCAUCAUCAUCAACAACAACAACAUCAUCACCAGCAGCACCAGCAGCACCAGCAGCAACCCGCACCCCACGGGCUUCCCUACUAUGGCCUGAGCAACCCAGCCGCUUACAGUAUGAGCCGGCAUCCCUCCAUGCUCUUUGGACCCCUCAGCAUCAACACGCGGGAACCGUACGGCCAUGGGGUCUACGGCAUGGACUCGGACCAACUCAGCGAUGCCAGCAGUGCCCACAGCUCGCCGGCCGUCAUGCACCCCUUCGAGGACGAGCACGGCCGGGAGUUGGCUUUUGGCGAGAGGCUCUACUGA